ACCAAAAAUGGCCGACUGGUAGCCAUUGGCGUGGAUUGGUGUUGGACAAUUUCUGAGCUUUUCUCGUCUCCUUGGAUGUUUUGGAGUUAAUUUCAACAUGACACUUACUCCAAAAGAAUUAUCCUCACUCCUGAGUAUCCUAGCUGAAGAUUCUCUUGCUGUGGCGUCCUUUGAAACGAUAGCUUCCUCUUUACACCAGAGAUUUAACAAAAAUGAACAUUUCCAAAUUGGUAGCGCAAUGCUUAUGCUUUUACAACAACCUGACCUAUUGCCAUCAACCAGCCAAAGAAUUGUGGUCCUGUUUUUGUUGUAUGAAAUGUACAGAGCAGAGCCCAUAGCAAAUAACCCUUUUGCAUCUGUGUUUGUUCACGUUUUGAGCUCAAAUGAUGAAAACAGAGUGAGUGGUCUGGAAUCACUUCCAACACUGAGUCAAGCUGAGAAAUCUUUCCUUUAUCUUCUCAUCACCACUCCAUCAAGAGAUCUUCUAAAGAAAACUCCUCGUCAAGUUUUGGUAUUGGACUUUCCUGGAGGGGGGCAGAAUAUUGAUCUCAGUUCUCUGCAGUUGGCUCUGACAGAGAAAAAUUCUCAGUUGCCUGACUUGAGCUGCUGUGGACUGCCAGCAGUACUGGCUGAUGCUGACCCAGAUGCCAGUUCAGGGUUUGAUUCUACAGCAGCUUCACAAAUCACAGAGACUCUAGUCACAGGGCUGAAUCCACCAUCUGAGUUAAAUCUGAGACCAGUGUUUGCCAGAAUUCCUCCACCACUUUACUCCUGUGAUGACGAGCUUGUAUGGAUGAACCCUACAGGAGAAGUGCAUACAGUUGAAUGGGACAGUACCAUGUGUGUUACAAAUAGCGCAGGUGCCGAAGUUCGUCGUUUGAUGAACAAAGCUUUAAAAGCUCCUCUGGUGAUGCAACAACAACAGCAAGUCCUUAGUGAACUCGAAAAAGAUCCGAAGCUCGUAUAUCACGUGGGACUCACUCCUAAUAAGCUUCCUGAUCUUGUGGAGAAUAAUCCAUUGAUUGCCAUCGAAGUCUUGCUGAAGUUAAUGCAGUCCAACCAAAUAACAGAGUAUUUCUCCGUGUUAGUGAACAUGGAGAUGUCUCUGCACUCAAUGGAGGUUGUCAACAGAUUAACUACGGCCGUGGACCUUCCUCAAGAGUUCGUUCACCUUUAUAUCUCGAACUGUAUUUCUACCUGUGAAAAUAUCAAAGAUAAAUAUAUGCAGAACAGACUCGUCAGACUGGACCUUUUCAUCGAAGUUCAAGCGUUUUGUAUUGAGUUUAGCCGCAUCAGAGAAGCAGCAGGAUUGUUUCGACUUCUAAGAACCUUGGACUGUGGUGAAACAAGUCCUGCUGCCACAAAGUGAACAGGAAGACGUCUCAAUGUCAUAUACCACAUGAGAACGGAUGAUUAGCCUAAGGGCUUUAAAAAGGACUUACUGACCGUUUAGCGACAGGACGUUUUCUCUUCUGCUCCCGCCGGACAAUACUUAGGUUAAGGCAUGAACAAACGGCAAAAAUGAUCUAUCAUUUUACCCAGUCUUCCUGUAGUCUUUAAUUCAACCUAGAAGAAAAAUAGAAACUGCUCUCGAUGGUGUUGGCGAAUACAACUACCUUUUUCCUCUGUCGCUAUCACAAACGGCUAAAGCACAGUGAAACGGAAAGAAGUUCAAGUAUUUACAGGUCAAGCUAUCAAAAGCAGCUGGAAAAUAUUCAUUUAAUUUUAUUAUUGUGAGGAUUUAUGUUGUGCCUGUUAAUCACCAACCUGUAAGAAAAAAAAAAAAAAGAAAGAAAAACAAACAAAUCCUGUCCUGGUAGGUCUCCCCUUCAAGAGUCAAACGGAAUAAAUCGCAUUUCACUUCCCGUG